AUGUCAAUUUUUCCCUAUGUCUAUUACAUGAUCUCUUCUUUCCACAUCACCAAUGACGAGAAGCAAAUUGCUCUCUACGCUGGCAUGGUCACAUCUGCGUUUGCCUUUGCCGAGUUCUCGACAGGAGUCAUGUGGGGUAGAUUGAGCGACAAGGUCGGACGCAAACCAAUCCUCCUUAUGGGAUUGGCAGGAACCGGCAUCAGUAUGAUUGUCUUUGGAUUCUCUCCCAACCUAACCACGGCUCUUAUUGCUCGUGCUUUGGGAGGUCUCCUCAACGGGUAA